GAGCGCUGCAACUUCCAGACCAAGCUACGCGCACCCCUGGAGCCCGAGGAUCCACGCUGGACGGCUGAGCAGCGCGCCUUGAUUCUGAAGAUCGAAGACCGGGUGGCGGAAAUCUCAGGCGCUGCGCGGCACCAGGAUGAGACGGCCCUG